CAACAUCAGUCCGACAACCAUGGCAUACCUCAAGGCGACUCUGGGGGAUAACCUGUCAAAAACAAUCCAAGAAGCGAAGAUCCUCGUCGUAGGCGCGGGCGGGAUCGGAUGCGAGCUUUUGAAAAACCUAGUGCUCAGCGGCUUUGAAGACAUCACCGUCGUGGAUUUGGACACCAUCGACGUGUCCAACUUGAAUCGUCAGUUCUUGUUCCGUUCCCAACACGUUGGCCACAGCAAGGCGGAAGUGGCAAAGGCAGUGGCGCUGCAAUUCAAUCCGCGCGUGAAGAUCACCGCGUACCACGAGAACAUCAAGUCGAGUCGGUAUUCCAUCGAGUACUUCAAGCAAUUCUCGGUCGUUAUGAAUGCACUGGACAACGUUGACGCGCGCAAGCACGUGAAUCGCAUCUGUCUGGCGGCGCAAGUGCCGCUUGUCGAAAGCGGCACGACGGGGUACCUUGGGCAAGUAUCUGUCAUCAUGAAGGGCGACACCGAGUGCUACGAGUGCACGGAGAAGGCCACGUCCAAGGUGUACCCCAUCUGCACAAUCCGAAGCACCCCCGACAAGAUGGUGCAUUGCAUUGUGUGGGCCAAGGAAUGCUUCAAGCUGCUCUUUGGGAAAAUGGACGACUCGAUGCUAUGGGAAGACCCAGCGAACGACGACAAGUCCGCCUACAUCGACUUGGUACUGGCCAAGGACGUACCCCAUCAAGAGUACGCGGCCAACGUGUUUCGGGGGUUGUUUGAGUUUGAAAUCCUAAAGAAACUCGAUAUCAAGGUGUACAAGACGGCCCAGCAUCAACCGUCGCCCGUGUUCCUGGACAAGCUCGACCUCGCAUCAUAUUCCCUCUCCUCAAACGACAAGAGCCGCAGCUGGAACGAUCGCGUGCUGUGGAGUGUGGACGAGUGCGCCGCCCGCUUCGUGUACAGCGCCGCGCACCUUCUCGCGAGUCCGGACGUGGGCUUGAUGGAAUUCGACAAGGAUCAUGCGGUGGCGUUGGAGUUCGUGACGGCCGCGGCCAACUUGCGCGCGCACGUGUUUGGCAUUGCGAUGGAGUCCAUGUACGCAUGCAAGGGCAUCGCAGGCAACAUCAUCCCCGCGAUUGCCACGACCAACGCCAUCGUAGCGGGGCUGCAGGUCCUGGAAGCGUUCAAGAUCCUCCGCAACCACCAUCGCAAAGAGUCGAUCCGACAAGUGUGUCGGUACACGUACUGCAACCGCUCGUGGGACGGCCGCGGGGUGCUGCUCACGCCCGUGGCGCUGUCGGCGCCCAACCCGACAUGCUUUGUGUGCUCGCGGCAGGUGGUGGACGUUGGUCUGAACGUCCACUCGACGACACUCCAGCAGUUUGUGGACCAUGUGCUCAAGAAGAAGAUGGGCGUGCAUGAGCCGACUAUUUCGAUGGGCUCGCACACGAUUUACGAAGAAGGCGACGACGCGGAAGAGUCGCUCGCGGCAAACUUGACCAAGAAAUUGCCCGACUUGCCGGGCGGCGGCGUCGGCCACGGCGCGGUCGUGAUCGUCGAAGACUUCUCCCAGGACUUUACCUGCUCCAUCUCGAUCCACCACGUGGAAGCGGACGAGGUUGUGUACUUGCUCGGCAGCGAAUGGCUCAAGCACCUCGACCAGAAGGAAGCUAGCCAGGACGACGAGGCGGCGGAAGGGGUUGAUGUCAAGCGAAAGCACGCAGACGACGAUCAAGGCGAUGUGACCCUCGUCAAGCGAACCAAAGUGUACUAGGGAUGGAGAAGUCAUAACAUGCAUGCUGCCCUUGGAUGGGGAGUUUUGAGUUUGGGUGGAAGUCGCGACGGUGAACUUCGCAACGAUGCCGCUGAUGGCAUGUACGCGUAUAUAUACUUCUCGAUAUGCAGCA